UGGCGGCGAGUGCGGGAGGCCUGAGGCCUAAACGGCGGGGCCCGCGCUGUCUGCAGCAUGUUUUCCCCGCGGGCUCCUGGUGGUGCCAAGCGGCCCCCCUCAAGUUGCUUUGGGUCGCCGCUGACCCGGAGCGGCGGCGGCUUUCCCGUGCAGGGCCGGCGCAGUGUGUCGGCCAGCGGCGUUUUCUCUCCGUCCUGGCGCUCCAGCCUGUGCGGCCGUCCAACUCCAACCAGAGGAGCACAGUAUCAAACAGUUGGCGAGACGCUCAACUAUGAAAUCAGGAGUUUUGGAUCUUCUCUUCCUGUUAAGGUUAUGGAGGCCAUAACCCUAGCUGAAGCAGAUGAACCUUUAAGUGUUAAAAUAAGUGAAAAUGGUUGGGCCUGGCUGGUUUGUGGUGAAAAACUGAUUGUCUGGAAGAUUGGCCAGAUGCCCAUUUCAAAGUUUUCUGUGUGUAAAGAAUUCCAGUUGCCACCUUGUGAUCUCCCGUAUGUUGCAGACCUUGUCGCUUUAUCUCAUCCGGAUGAGUAUAGUUCCUUGCAGUCUGUGUCAGUGAUGGCAGCUUCCAGACAAGGGGUGAUAUGUUACUGGCCGAGUAUGAUCCAUGAGGAGUCCUGCACAGAGAUCACUGUGGACCUUGGCAAUGACUGGAAAUGUCUGACUGCUGUAUUGGGUGGUGGAUUUAUUCUCGCUUCUCAGAAGAACCAGUUGCUACGAAUAACACCAGAUGGUUCAGGCAAAGUGAGCUUCCGCCCUGUGCAGCAGGGACAGGGAAUGCUAUCAGGCCUUGGGCGCAGAGUCUCAUCACUGUUUGGCAUUUUGACACCAACUGCUGAUGUUGUGCUGAGUUCUGUAUUGUGGGAUGCGGAAAAUGAGUGCUUCUACACACUGACUAAUUCGAGUCUGAAUAAAUGGGAAGUGGAUGAGACGUCUGAACGCCACAUUUUCAGCUGGGACUUGAAUAGAUCAAUGAAACAUGACCUGGGAGAUUCUAUCUGGGGAGAUGAUGAAAAUUAUGAAGCCACUAAGUCUGCUAUCAGUAUGAGAUAUCUGGACUUGCAGCUGAGCAAAGAGGGUCUGGUGAUUUUGACAGCAGCCUGGAGCCAUACAGAUUCUCCCUGCCUAAUCUACUAUAUUUUAACCACCUUGCAAGAUCAAGGCUGUCACAUAUCUGAUGAAAUAAGAGUGGAGGUCACUGAGUAUUGUCCACCAUAUCAUCAGACGGAUGAGCUACCAUGUCAGCGAUUCUUGAUUCCAGAUUUUGCAAGCCCAGCUGCUUAUCUCUAUACGUACGAUUUGGUAUUUGCAUGCUGCACAGGUACAGCAAGAGCCCGUUUGCCCCAGGAGAAACUUAUCCUAAAUAUGCCAGGUGAUGGUAUCCUGGGAGCUGGAAGUUUUACUGGAUUGCCUGUCCUCUUCUGCAGGAACAGUGGUUUGGUUGUUGCUCGCCCCAAGGAAAGUGUGUCAAUGUUACCUGAAAAUAUUGAAGAUUCUCUGGCCUUAGCAGCAUCUGAGAGUGAUGCCAGGCAACCAUUUGAAAGAGCAGAGAUGGAGGCGCAGGAGGAUAAAACAAAGAUGUUGAAGACUGCCUUUGUGAUGUAUUGCAGAAAGGAUAUCCUUGGUGCUCAGAACGUGUUGGAGGAAAUCUUCCCCGACAGCAUUGACACAGGACCAGACUCUGACCUGGACAUGUCUGUGGCACAGAUCAGUCUCGAUCUAAUUAAUGACUAUCCUGCUUGUGACCCACGCUGGGCUGAAUCUGUACCAAGUGAUGUUAGUAGGUUUAGCAAUACCUCCCUGUUGUUGCUUCACCAGCUGGAAGAUAAGAUGAAAGCCCAUUACUGUCUGAUGGAGUUCCUUCAGGAUGUGGAGCUACUAAGUCGCCUUGAGACUGUUCUGGUGCAUGGGAUCCCUCUGGCUACCCGUCUCUUGCUGUGUGAACAUGCUGAGAAACUCUCUGCUGCCAUUGUUCUGAAGAAUCACCACACCAAGCUUCCUGAAGUUGUAAAUGCUGCCAUUAACUGUGCUUUGAAUAAAAGGAAUGAGAGCAUUCCUCCGAAUCUGACCCCAGCUGACAUUUUCUUCCGGGAGGUCUCCCAGAUUGAUACUGCAUUUGAAUGUUUGCUAGAAGAAGAAGAACAAUUUUUGGAGGACAACCACCCUCUGUCUCUGGAAUGGGCACAGAUGGUUAUUCAUGUUAACAACAUCUUGAAGGAUAUGUUGCAUGCAGCUGUCCACCAUCGACACAACAAGAGCUCACUUUAUAAGUCACAAGAAGGGACUGAGCAUGAACCAGAAUACAUUCCCUGGACAGCAUCCAGUGGGCCAUCAGGCAUGAGGUGUGUGAUUUUACGGCAAACUGAUGUUGUUUUGACCAAGGUGUACCCACAAGUCGACACUACUUUACGCAAUGCUCUUCUCGAACAACUGGUGGUGCUGAUUGAUUUCUAUCUGGAUGGAUACGUUUGUCAACUCAAGUCAGUGGACAGGCCCAAUCAACAGGAAAGAUACAAUAAACUAGAUUUGGAAUACACCCAGAAACGCUCACAUCUUCUGACACAACUACUUUCUCUUGGGCAGUACCAGUUGACUGCUUCACUGGCAGAAAAAUAUUGUGACUUCGACAUCCUGAUCCAACUGUGUGAACAGACUGACAACCAGACCAGACUGCAGCGGUACCUGAACCAGUUUGCAGAUCAGAACUUUUCUGACUUCCUAUUUCGCUGGUAUAUGGAAAAGGGCAAAAGAGGGAAGCUGUUGUCACCACCGGUCUCCCAACAUGCAAACCUGGCCAGCUUCCUGCAGUCCCAUGAACAUCUCAGCUGGCUGCAUGAGAUUAAUGUCCAGAAUUUUGAAAAGGCGUACAGAACAUUACUCAAUCUUGCCAACAUGGAGACACGAUACUUUACCAAGAAGAAAACUCUCCUGAGUCUCAGUAAACUGUCUGCGUUUGCUUCUGAUCUCCCCGAUGACCAUCUGCAAGAAACAAUGGAGGAAUUGACUGCGCAGGAGCGGUAUUUGCUUCACCAGGAGACCUUGCCAAUGGAACUGAUAACUAAGAAACAAUUCGACGUAGACACCAUGCCUGUAUUAAAUGCUUUACAGCUGAUCCAUCUUUACAUCAGUGAUGACAACAUAAAAGCAAAUGAAUAUGAUUUCAAGAAGGCGCUUGAUCUCCUGGAAUUUGUUGAAAAGGAGGAGGGACUUGAUGCUAAUAUCAACAUUGAGUCAUUGAAACUGGAAAUCUUCUGCCGAGCUAUUCAGAGAAACGAUUGGUCUUUUGAUGCAAAGGAUGAUCCCAUUGAAGCUGCAAAGGAAACUGUACUGAUAAAGGUCAUAAAAAAGUUGAUGGAUGAAGGAGUUCAGCUGAAAUAUUAUUUGCCAGAAGUGAAGGACUUGCUGAAAUCAGAUUAUCUGGUAACCCUGAGAUCCAAUUCCUACUUCGAAUUCCUUUUACAAGCAAUCUAUGAACAUUAUUUAAAACUACAGUCCUGAUUGCCUUGAUGUGUCAUCUCCAUAUUCUGCUGUAUUUUUAACAUGCUUCACUCCAUUCAAGAACUGCAGAUAAGCAACCUGCAAUGUUUAAACUUUUGUAUAAAAUAAAUGAAUUAAUUUGUGCUUCUAAUAGAAGUCCUUUGUAAAAUUAAAGGUCACAAACUUGCUGUUUCAAUCUGAA